AUUUUCUUUGCGUUAAAUUAACCAAAAAGCUAGCUGUUGUUUAAUGGCCGAUAGGGUAGACCAAUAAAAAUAAUGCAAUCGUGUGGUGAAAUGAACUUUCCGUGACUGUCUCUGAGGUAGAUAUGCAUAAUGCUCGACGUCUUUGACCUGCCUACGGUUCUAAUUAAUUAGGGUAUAGAUUUAUACAUUUAUAUAAAAUGGAAAUAUUUACUAUAAUUCAACUGAACCUUCCCUAGUAGCCUCAUCAUUGGAGUUCUGUCAGUUCCAUUUAAUUUAUCCUUUCAAGGCAAUCUUCAACUUUAAUUUAUCUACCGUAUUUACUCGCGCGUGACUCCCAGUUUCCCGUUGUUUUUUACGCUUCACUGUAAUUGAGUGUUGGGCUUUUAUAAAAUGGACUUAUUAGUAGAGCCUCAGCCAUUAGCCCAUUACUUUCAAACGGCCCAACACAUAUAGAUGGGCCUGUGAGUAUGGAUCCGAUCUAUAACCCGACCCGAUGAUUGUUGACACGGCGAAAGGAGACAGAAGAGAGUUUGUUCGACAGAUUCUCUCUCUCUGCUGCAUAAUCAUCUCGUGUCGUGUGUUUCUCAGAAGCGAUGAUAACGAGAUCAAAACUAGCGGAACAGCUAAGGGAAUAUCAGAUUCGAUCAAAUCAUGAUUGGGCCUCCGUUUCUCUCUUCUCCUCCACCUCCAAUUUCUCUUCUUCCAGGAUCCAUGUGGUGGUGUUUGUGAUUUGGGAGCUUGUGAUCGUACUACUCGUGGUGUUUUCAGCAGUAUCAUUGUUCUUCAGGAGGUUGCAAUUAGCAUUCAUCAUGGUUUGUGUGAGCUUACUUUUGCUCUUCUGUAUGAAAGUCGCGAAGCAAGUGAGACAUGAAAGGAAGAAGAAGCGUAGGAUGCUUCUUCCUCUAUCUAUGUAAAAGGGACCAAAACCAAGUAGGAUUUGAGGUGAAGACGACGAGUUGAGGUGAGGUGAGGCUUAUCUCUGCUUUUGUCAUUUGAAGAAUGGACUUGGCCUGGUAUAGGAAAUCAGCAGAUGGAUAGGUUCAAUUCCAGGGCGUAGCUUUAGACAAGCCAGAGCAGUCUGCAUAACUCGGAACUUAAGUGGUUGUACUGAUUGUUUUUCCCUGUAUGGUGGUUUUGAAAUUCAGACUUUUUUAGGAGUAAUUAAUCGUAAAAAAAGAAAUUUUGUUUGAGAGAUUUAGAAAAUGAUUUUGUGAUUAUUGUAAACGCAGCUGUUACCGCUCGGAAACAUAUAAACACA